UUUGGGUCCAAAUAAAAAAAUUCUAUCCUAUAGAGGGAUUUAAAGUUAAUUUUCGUGGGAGCCAUAAGAAAAUCGUCGAGGAGUCGAGAGAGAGAGGAUGAAGUUCGUGAUGGAGUUUGCUGAGAACCUGAUACUGAGGCUGAUGGAGGAUCCCGUGGAGAGGGAUCGGAAGGCACGGGAGCACGUAUAUGCCAUCAAGGAGCAAUGCAAGAAGACCAAGGAGAUGUGGAGCUUGCCGCUCCGCCCCUAUGGCUUCUGGACUUUCGAGCGAUUCAACGCCCAGCUUUACGCCGACGCCCAGAUCAGCCAAGCCCCCGGCCGCCGUGAUCCCUAUGAUGACAUCCUCCUCGCUGAGCCACCUGUUCCUCCGCCCUCUCAGAAAUACAAACCCUAAUCAUUGCCCAAAGCAGGCAGCCCUCGAGCUUUUACUGGCAUGUUGCUGUUUAUCAGAGCACCUAAUUAGUAAAUCCUCAUUUGAUUUGGGAAGGUUGCUUCCAGUUUGCAUCACAACUUUGUGACUGAACUAUUUUUCUUAUCCCAAAUAAAUGUGUACUUGACCUUUUUGUGAUGUCUUCAAAAUUCUACACUUACUUAAAAGAUCAAUUGUGUAUUACUUGUUUUUCUUA